CGCAGUCAGCUAGUGUGUCAUCGCGAGCAGCGUCACACGGACCUGUCAGUGUUAUUAGUGCGCGCACUUGACUGUAGUGAGAAAAAUGGGAUUUGUAACUGCUACUACCCUUCUAUUGUUAUUAGGUGCAACGUACGGGAAAGUAGACGUGGGAAUGACUGGAUAUUGGAAGGAGAACGUUGGCUGGCAGCUGACGUGCACCUGGACUUUGGACAGCAGACCACUACAGUCCGUACGGCUGUACAAAGACGAUAUUCAAUUCCUGAUAUACAGGCCAGAGAAACAAGGAGUAAACUUCAACUUCGGGUCCUCAGCUGACGACUCGCGACUGACGGUCGACUGCCACGACACCGGAAGCACGGGGAAGUGCGAACUGGAACACGAACUGUUGACUCCUCCCAUGUUCAACACGACCUACAAGUGUGAGGUGUCGGAGGAGGCGCCGAGGUUCGAGAUGAAGUUUGCGGAGUAUACCAUCGAAGUUUUUGUACCACCAUUAUAUCCACAAUUGGAAAUAUCAUCACAAGACAGUCUUGUAAACGUAAACUGCACAUCAGCGGCCAUCCCUGCUCCGAGACUGGUGUGGCGUAUCGGAGAGCAGAGAAUUCCAGAGAACUUCUCAAGUCGUCGUUGGGACCCCACCAGCAAGCUGUGGCACUCUUGGUCGGUGGUCACUAUGACCCAGGGGGAAUCUCUGGUGUUGACGUGCGACGUCCAUUUUGCGAGAUCUGGCAAACUCAUCAUGGGUCAGAGCGUUGAAGCUACUGUCAAUUCUGCUGACAGUGUUACGGGUUUGAAUGCCGCUUAUUUGGCAGCGGCUCUGAUGGCAUUACUACGGUGACCACAAAAUAACUGUUGUUACCAGAAAACUUUUGAACAUACCUACAUUUUAUGGACAGUUAAACUGCUGAAUAGGCUUUGUAGUGUCUGUUUAAAAAAAACGAAUCCCAAAUGUGAAGUGGCUUUAGUAAUAAGGAAAUUUAUUUUAGGGCGACUUUAAAAGAUAAGCUAAUGUUUUCGUUACCUGCCAUUUGAGUAUAUAAUUAUAAUAGAUUACUUAAGGUAUAUUUUUGUUAAAAGACAGUUUUUCAUAGAAGUAAGUUAAAUAAUUUUAGAAAGUAAGUAGGAUUCGAAGAGGAGGGCGAAGAUGAAAUUUCAAAACCAGAGGCGGAAUGAAAAUAAAUUCCAAUGAAUUUUCAGACCUCCUAAGACAAUAUUACCAAAGCACGCCUUUGGUAAUAAGCCUUUGCAAAAGUGUAAACAUAUCUUUGACGUCAACUUUACAUAUUACAUAAUCUAUUUUAAACUUUUAUUGAGUAACUAAGGGUUCCAAAUAAAAAAAAAACAAUGCUUUUGGGUCUCAGGAGGCUAGAGUGCUAUAAACCAAAGAGUAUAAUAAGGGCAUAUUAAACGAAAAAGAAAUCUAGCAUUACACAAUGGAGUGUUGAAACUGAAAAUUUGAAUCAGGUAUCACUGACUACUGAGUGUAUUGCAACUAAAAAUUUGAAUCAGGUAUCACUGACUACUGAGUGUAUUGAAACUGAAAAUCUGGAUCAGGUAUCACUGACUAGUUGACUACUGAGUGUAUUGAAACUGACAAUCUGAAUCAGGUAUCACUGACUACUUCUUUGUUGGUGGGCAAUAAGGUGGCCAGUGGGCAAGCCAGAUGGUUUAGGUGCAUGUAUGUGUUAGUAAAUUGGUGGUCUGAUCAUUGUCAAGUAGACACUAAAAGAAGAUAUGUAUAAAAAUACUAACAUCUUUCGUCACUAUUUUGUAUGAAGAAUAAAUCUUUUAUCUUUAUAAAUUGAUAAAAAGCUGGAUUAUCUAUUUUUUGUGUAUCUUGGUUUUAUAAACAUACAAAAUAAAAUUUAUUUUAGCAACUAAGUGAAAAGGUUACAAAAACACAGCAGAUAUAUAAAAAAUGUUUUUAUUACAAAAUUAUGUACAAAAUGUUAUUGUCUAUUGAGUAAAAAGGUUACAAAAAAACAGCAGAUAUAUAAAAAAUGUUUUUAUUACAAAGUUAUGUACAAAAUAUUAUUGUCUAUUGAGUACAUUGAAAUAGUUUCGUUAUUUAGGUACUUACCUACAUAAAGUAACUAUUAAUUAUUAUAUUUACAAAAAAACAUAUGUACACUUUUCUACAUAGGUAUAUGGAUAUCCAAAAUCUUAUUGUAAUUAUGUGAGCGUAGUUAAAGUACUGACAGAAUACGGUUUUAAAAAAAGACUUUUUAAUAAUUAGCUUAUUUUAUUCGUUGUACGCAUAUCACUUUUUGAAAAGUAUUGUCUACUUUAGCCAAAAUUUAAUUUAUGCUUUUAAUAAUCCACUAUAUUAUACACAGUUUCAUUUUAUCGAGUAAAUAUUACGUGUAUAUCUAAUGGGAACGUCUCUAAAUGUGACUCUACAGCCCGAAAAUUAUAUUAGGAAUAUACUACCUUAAAUAAAAAUGUCAAAUUUGAAACUCAACGGGUAUUUUGAUUCAGAUUAAGGAAGUAUUUGUUCCAAUUUAAUAAGAUGGCCUCUAUGUGCAUUUUUUUUUAAUUUAGGUACAUCAUGCUUCCCAUUAUUCGUUUUUAUAAACCAUGAGACCAUGCCCUUAUCAUUUGAAAAAGAAUAUUGGCAUUCCUAGGUUGAUCAUUUAUUUAUUUUACACACACCGAAAUAAUCUCUUUGGCAUGCCAUUGCAGAGUGCGUAAAAGUUCGAGGAUAUAACCAAACGAAGUAGCCAUUAACAGGCGUUCCCCUCUGUCGAAAAUAGACGACCAAUAGUCAUACACAUUAUAUGGACUGACGUUUAUCUGAUAUGGCCAUUUUUACGUUACGUACCUAUACUUUCAUUUGACGUGCCCCUCCCCAGCAAAAAUCGGCAGACUGUUUUGUACCGUAGGUAUAUUACAGACAAGGCGUCUCCGUUUGGUUAUAUCCUCUAUGGCGUAAAAUGUACAAAGUAAUAACUAUUUAGUUUAUUUAGUCUACGAUGUUUUAAGUCUAUGUUUAUAAAAUAAAAUUUACAUUGAUGUUUUACAAUAAUAUAAAGUGAAGCGGAGUAUU